UCCGCAAAUCCCAAGAUCGCUGAUCCUAUUUUCCGAAGACCCAUUUUCGCGCAGUUCGGCAGUUUCUAGGUUCUACCACAGCCAUCUCUAGUGUGGUAACAGCUAAUUUCCGGUGAGCGCUAAAUCCCAGAAACGCUGCGAUGGCGUCAGAAGCGGCGCCAGGUCAGCUGGGCGCGCGGUGGACUCCUCCGGGGGGCGGCGCUGGCGGGAAAGCGGGAGCGAUUAGUAGUAGUCGUAGUAGCAAUAGCUGUGGCCUCCGUGUGAAUAACAGCCUGUGCAACGAGAAAGUUCCAUUCGUGCCGCAACAAGGACGACGAGUCACAUGGUACAUCUGUGGGCCUACGGUGUACGACUCGUCGCACAUCGGCCAUGCACGGACGUACCUCUCCUUCGAUAUUAUCCGACGCAUCCUCGAGGACUAUUUCGGGUAUGACGUAUUCUACGUGAUGAACGUGACUGACGUGGACGAUAAGAUCAUUGCGAGGGCCAGAAGGGACUACCUCAUCAAGCAAUACCUCCUAGCCACGUCAGAUGCCGCCCAGGUUUUGGCCGACACAGAAGCAGCAUUGGCAGCAGCAGUGGAGAAGCAGCGGGGGGUGGUUGAGGGAUUACGAAAGACUGCAGAGGGGGAGGGCAACGAGAAGAAGAAGGAGUCGUUGCUGCAGCAGGCCGCUCAGGAGGAGCUAAAAUUGCAGCAGCUGGAAGGGGCGGCAAAGGCUGUCUCGGAGCGGCUGGGCCCCGCCUGUGUGGCGGCUGGUGGACGGCGAGGCGUGUCUUUUCUGCUGGGACGGCGGGCAGAGGAGGUGGAGGCGACGGAGGGGGGAGCGGUGGGUGAAGUGGCACGAGGCAAUGGCACAGCAGAGGAUGGGGCAGCAGCAGCAGCAGCAGCUGACAAGACAGCAGCGGAGGCGGCGGCAGAUGCUCUGGCCGCGUCAUUGGAUGCGAAGCUGAAGGCGACAGUGGACUGAUGUCUCCAUCUUCAGACGCCUGGCUGCCAAGUACGAAGUGGAGUUCUUUGAAGAUAUGAAGGCGCUUGGCGUGCGGCCGCCCCAUGUGCUGACACGUGUUACAGAGUACAUCGACGCCAUCAUCAACUACGUGGAGAAGAUUGUUCAGCAUGGCUUCGCGUAUGCUGUCAACGGCAGCGUCUACUUUGACACCAAGGCCUUCAAGGAGUCGGGCCACAUGUACGGGAAGCUCUGCCCGUGGUCGGUUGGCAGUGCUGAGCUGGCAGCGGAGAGCGAAUCGGACUUUGCCACGUCAGAGAAGCGCAAUCGCAGCGACUUCGCUCUGUGGAAGGCCAGCAAGGCCGGGAGCCAUCGUGGCCGUCGCCUUGGGGCGAUGGACGGCCUGGAUGGCACAUCGAGUGCUCUGCCAUGGCGUCAGAUAUCGUUGGAUUUCCCAUGGAUAUUCACUCAGGGGGCAAUUGACCUGCGAUUCCCCCACCACGACAACGAGCUGGCGCAGGCAGAGGCAUUUCACGAGUGCUCCCAGUGGGUCAACUACUUCCUGCACGCCGGCCAUCUGCACAUCGAGGGCCACAAGAUGUCCAAGUCGCUCAAGAAUUUCAUCACCAUCCGCCAGGCUCUUGAGAAGUACAGUGCGCGCCAAUUCAGACUGCUCUUCCUGCUGCAAGCCUGGGACAAGCCAAUCAACUACGGGGAGGGUGCGAUGGCAGAUGCGGUGGGGAGGGAGAAGCAGCUCAGAAACUUCUUCCAGACAGUGCAGGCUGAGAUGCGGGCGGCGGGGGAGCAGGGCGAGGAGGCAUGGAGCGCUCUGGAGAAGACACUGAAUGCGGCUGUUUCGACUGCACAGGCUGAGGUCCGCGCUCGACUGGAGGACAACUUUGACACGGCGGGGGCCAUCUCAGCGCUCUUCGACCUCAUCUCAGCCACCAAUGUGUAUCUCAAAGACGCAUCCGCCAAAAACGCCGGCCACGGCCUCUCCUGCUGCAGUCCGCCGCCCAGUUUGUGUCUCGGAUUCUGCAGGUCUUUGGUCUGCUGGAUUCAAGCCUCGACUCAUUUGGCAUGAGCACAGGAGCCACAGCAGGGGCAGGGGCGGAACAAUCCAAGGAGGCCAUAGUGCUGCCCUACAUUCAAGGCUUCUCAACUUUCCGCGACGAUGUCCGGGCAGCAGUCCGAAGGAAUGCAACCAAGGACGAGCUCCUCUCCCUCACAGAUAAAGUCAGAGAUUACGCGAUGGUGGACCUUGGGAUCCGCUGCGAGGACCGGGGAGGGGCUGGGGGGGAGGCAGCGGUGGUGAAGCUGGAUGACCCCAAGGUGCUCGGGGCGGAGCGGGACGAGAGGAUUGCCAAGGCUGGUGCUGAGGCCAAGAGGAAACUGCAGACGAAACUGGCAGCAAAGGUGAAGGACCUGGAGCGGUGGCAGGCAGCAUCUACACCUCCCUCUGAGUUAUUCAAGAGGGCGGUUGAUAAGUACAGUGCGUGGGACGACAAGGGCGUGCCGACUCAUGAUAAGGACGGGAAGGAGCUCUCUGCCAAAGCAAAGAAGGGCGUGGAGAAGGAGCUGAAGAAGGCGGAGGAGUCCUUCGCCAAGUACCAGCAGAAGGUGGCUGAGGAUGCUGGCUUCCUGGAGUCGAUGAAAGAGGAGGUUGCCAGGCUGGAAGCUGAGCUGGCUAAGUGAUGGAAGCUGCCACCUGUAAUUGAUUAUGAAAGCCCGGGAGAAGAAUCGGAGUCUCUGGUCUAUGGUUGAUCCGCCAUUUCUUCACCUACGUAGCUUCCCGAAUCCCCACUCACUGAAGCGGUGCUCUAUUCCCCAGCGCUCUGCAUUUGACUUAGCCAGCCUGCUGGGGUCUAGUAGAAUAGAAAGCACAGCUGGAAUUCAGCAGCAUUGGUGCACACCGAGCACAACAAAUUUGUUACAAAGCUGUUACAGGACAGCAGGUUCAAUCGAGUGAUAA